CAUUGUAACCGGCGGAUGCAACACGUCCCUCAGACUCACCGGUGCUGAAGCUGCGCGCAUCCCGAAGAUUCCAGCAUCCCGCGUCCUUUCACAGCUACAGUAUGGAUCAUGAUGUCCUUUACCGCCUGAUGAAACUUCUUAACGUGAUCGUCCCGCGAUUUAACAUUCUUGGGAAUCGGUAACCUGAUAUUUCAACUCGGUUUUUGGUAGUUAUGCUCGUCAAUCUGACUCUCGCGCAACUGCGCUCAAUAAACUGACGCUUUUAUUUAGUUGCACUUCAGCAUCACCAAAAAAGCGCAGAGAGAUUUCUGGAGUGAAUCACCUUCUAAACAUUCAACUGGAGCAGAACCAGUGCCAUGGGGCCCUUACUCUGGGAAGGGCGCCUGUCAUGUUUUCUUCUCCAUGCUUCUGUUCUCCUGCUGCUCAGCAAGGGGGAGCGGAUGUGCCCUGUGAGUUGCCGCUGCGAAGGCAAGAUUGUUUACUGCGAGUCUGGCGCCUUUCAAGACGUCCCGGAGAACAUCUCUCUGGGGUGCCAGGGUCUAUCCCUGCGAUACAACAGCCUCUUGUUGUUGCUACCUUACCAGUUUGCUCACCUCAACCAGCUGGUCUGGCUCUACCUGGACCACAAUUCCAUCAGCGUAGUGGACAGACUGGCCUUUCAGGGACUUCGUAGACUAAAGGAACUAAUCCUGAGCUCUAACAAGAUUGAGCAGUUGCAGAACGGCACCUUUGAGACCGUCCCGAACCUGCGCAACCUUGACCUGUCCUACAACCAGCUGCAGGACUUGAUGCCGGGGCAUUUUCACGGACUACGCAAGCUUCAAAACCUUCACCUGCGAUCAAACAAUAUCAAAACCAUCCCUGUCCGUACUUUCAUGGAAUGUCGAAGCCUGGAGUUUCUAGAUUUGGGUUACAAUCGCCUGCGGACUAUAACUCGCACAACCUUUCUAGGACUGCUCCGGCUGACGGAACUUCACCUUGAACACAAUCAGUUUUCCAGGAUUAACUUUUUCCUAUUUCCACGCCUCUUAAAUCUGCAGGCUCUUUAUCUGCAAUGGAAUCGCAUUCGGACGGUUGUCCAAGGUUCGCCUUGGACUUGGCACACUUUGCAGAAAUUGGAUCUAUCGGGCAACGAGAUUCAAGUUUUGGAUCCUGCUAUUUUUAGGUGUCUGCCCAACUUGCAUACGCUCAAUCUGGAGUCUAACAAGAUCAGCAACGUGUCCCAGGAAGUUGUUUCAUCAUGGAUCUCCAUUAGCACUAUCAACCUGGCAGGAAACAUAUGGGACUGUAGCUCUAGUAUCUGCCCUCUGGUGUCUUGGCUGAGAAACUUCAGGGGAACUAGAGAUGCCAGCAUUAUUUGCAGCACUCCCAAAUCCCUUCAGGGAGAAAGAGUCAUGGACGCAGUGAGGAACAACUCAGUGUGUGAGGAGAUAUUCACCGUGGAGCCCACCACGGAUUUAAAUCUUCUUUUGACUACUACUACGACAACUCUUUAUGUAACAAAGCCACCCACAACCACCACUACAACCCCACGCACCACAACUAGACAUCUUUCUCAAGUUACCCACGUACAAAGACUCACCCCAAAGGUUUUAUUCCCUGUUAAGCCCAACAAUGAAUUCCUAACGGUAACACCUAGCAGCCUACCCUUCACCCCCGAACCCGAGUUCGAGCAUAUGACCUUCCACAAGAUCAUCGCAGGCAGCGUUGCCCUAUUUCUCUCAGUGUCUUUAAUCCUAUUAGUGAUUUACGUGUCGUGGCGACGAUACCCUAACAGCAUGAGGCAACUCCAGCAGCACUCCAUUCGACGCAAGCGCAGGAAAAAGACUCGAGAGCCAGAGCAUAACAUCAACUCUCAACUGCAAGAGUAUUAUCUAAGCUACAACCAUGCCAAUGCCGAGACCAUGGACUCUUUGGUGAACGGGGCGUGCACCUGCACCAUCUCGGGCUCCAGAGAGUGCGAGAAUGCAUACACGUAUCCCAGACCACUCCCAGGGGCCUGGAUGGGAGACAUAUCCACAAUUCACUGAGGGGCCCGUGAGAAAAUGCGCCACUGCCCAUUAUGAUUUGCAGCGGCUCAGAUAAAGCCUUUCCUGGAUUUUGCUUCAGCGCUGAGAAUUUUCCAACACAAAAGGAGAACGAAUUAGGCUGAAUGGGUGGCACACAUCCUCAACCCCUCAUUUUGGACUCUUUUAAAAGUGGAGCGAGCGGAUACGGCAUCAAUUUGACACCCCGUCCUCGAGUCGAACCGGUUUGGUUUUUACUUCGACCAACAAUAAACGUCCCCCACAAUGGGGCUUGCGAGCACGCAAGGCAAAUCUAUCUGUAAUGAACCAGCGAAAUGUUUCUCGAUGCUGCCAUUGUUGCUGUAUGAUAGCUACUACCUGCUCUCCCUGAGGAAUCGACGCCUACCGUCCAGCUUCCCGUCCUGUUCAUCCCUUUGUGUGUUGUGUAGUGAUGUGACAAACUAUUCAUGCCGAGCCAUCGGAAACGUCUCUCGUGAUCAGCGGACGGUAAUUGCUCAAUUGAGCACAACCCACAAGGAUGUUUCCGAGGACUACAGAACAACAGAAGAUAUUUUUGACUGCUGUGAAAACAUAAUGAAGAAAAGCUUGUUUGCAAAGGACUGUAACCUCACCACGAGUUCCCACUGUGAUUUGAUUUCAACCCUGGCUGAACUUGGACACACCACGGGAGAGUUGAAUUGUGGGUAUCGUAUGCGUGUUGUGAAUGUGUUUUUUGUUCUCCAUUUAAAGCUGGAAUUUCCACUCAGAUUUUUUAGGAGUCCUUUCUCUUUGUUCAACGAGAAGAGUUAGCUGACUAUUUUUGUAUGAGCAACAUAUCAUCCGAAUGUGAUGAAUCAAAGAGAGAUCGACUUCUUGUUUUUAAAACACUUGCAUCCGGAUGCCUUUUUGUCGCUCGACAUCACUGAACGUUUUCUCUUAACACCAUCGUUAUAUUGUGCUACAAACUUGGCAUGGCAUAAAACAGUGGUUCUCAUCUAUUGGCACGCAGGUCUGUUCUGAUCAGGGUCGUAGACGAAUAAUGAAACGCAGCUAACCGUAUAAUCAUUCAUAGUUGAGACAGCAAAAUAAAUGUUUUGUUUUUGGCGUCAAAGAUGUGUGCAAUCCAACUUUAAAGUAUUUUGGCUCAAAUUCAGCCACUAGACAGAAAGAAAAGCCAAAAAUGCAGAGGCUGCAUGACAUAAUCCUCAAAAACCAUGAACAAAGAAAAAAUAUGACCCACACUACAUUAAAUACGGGUUCACAGGGUUUGUGUCCACCACAAUGUGUUUUAUAUGGUGAAUUUUUGUCUGUUUAGGGUAUCAUACUUUAGAAACCAAAAUAGCUAGCUUUUGUCACGUUAAUAAUUUAGCAUAUUGUUGGGCCUUAGCAUUUCUUGGAAAUAUUAUUACAUUUUAAUGUUUGAAUUUAAGGACAUUUUUUACUUUUUGUACUAUAAACAAUUUGGGUAUCAUGUCGGGUCACUAUUAAUUUCCAAUGUAAAAUCUGGGUCCUUUUGAGAACCACCGACAUCAAGCUUUCGAAGAUCUUCACACUUAGACAACAAUAAUACAUUAAUACCUUCAUCACAUUAGAUUUUUCUAACUCUGCAUUACGGGAUUUACAGUACACUACCAUUCAAAAUUUUGGGUCAGGUUUUUUUUUUUAUAUUACUUAUAUUAGAAUGACUGACACUGAAGUCUGGCGUAACGAUGCUGACAAUUCAGCUUUGCAUCACAAGAAUAAAUAAAACAGCCAUUUUAAAUUGUAAUAAUAUUGCUGUUUUUACUGUAUUUUUUAAUCAAAUAAAUGCAGCCUUCGUGAGAUUAAGAAACUUUUUAAAAACAUUAAAAAUCAUACUGAUCCCAGACUUUUAAAUGGUAGUGCGUAUCAUACAGCUGUGCGUCUGCGUCUGUGCAACAGGAGGACAAACCAAUGCUAAACGCAACCAGUACAUCAGUGAAUGAAUGCAAACGGACAGAAAGUCACAGGAAAGAUUAUGCACACCCACUGCCAUCUGUCCAAAAGCAUCCAAAAGCCCUUCUUGAUUGUUUUAUAAUCAUUAUAAUUAGGUCCAUCAUAAUUGGUUAACGUAUAUGCAGCUGUCUCUUUAGCCAGUAACAAGCUGAAUGAAAAUUAAACCCGCCAAAGCAGAACUAACGCUUAUAGCUCUUGGUCAAAGUUACUGGCUGAGGAGAGCUGGGUUUGAGUUGGUGUUAACGAUCUUAAAAAUAAGGUUCUUUAUCGGCAUCUGUGGUUUCAUGAAGAACCUUAAAAAUAAAGGUUCUUUUUUGGCAUUGAUGGUUCAUUGAAGAACGUUAAACAUCCAUGCACUCUUAAAAAUGAAGAUUUUUUAUUGGCAUCGAUGGUUCCAUAAAGAAUCUUAAACAUAUUUAAAAAAACGUUUCUUUUAUUGGCAUCUAUGUUUUCAUUAAGAAUCUUAAACAUCCAUGUACUCUUAAAAAAUAAGGUUAUUUAUUAGCAUCUAUAGUGUCAUGAAGAACCUUAAAAACUAAGUUUUUUUUUUUUUUUUUUUUUUUACUAGCAUUGAUGGUUCAUUUUAGAAUCUUAAACAUCCAUGCACUCUUAAAAAGAAGAUGCUGUAUUGGCAUUUAUGGUUUCAUGAAGAACCUUAAACAUCAGUGCAGUCUUGAAAAUAAAAGUUCUUUAUUGGCUUUUAUGGUUUUAUCAAAGAACCUUAAACAUCCAUACACUCUUAAAAAUGAGGUUAGUUACUGGCAUCUAUAGUUCAAUGAAUAACCUUAAAAAUGAAGGGUUUUUUUUGCCAUUGAUGGUUCACUGAAUAACCUUAAACAUCAGUGCAGUCUUAAAAAGAAAAGUUCUUUAUUGGCAUUUAUGUUUGCAUGAAGAACCUUAAAAAUAAAGGGGUUUGUUUUAUUGGCAUUAAUGGUUCAUUGAAGAACCUUAAACAUCAUUGCAGUCUUAAACAUAAAAGUUCUUUAUUGGCAUUUAUGGUUGCAUGAAGAACCUUAAACAUCCAUUGCACAAAAGGUUCUUUAAAUGGAAUAAGGUUCUUUAGAUCAAAGUGUUCUUAACACCAAGAAAGGUUCCCAAAAUGGUUCUUUUAUGACCUUUCCUACGCCUUUAUCCUUUAUUUUUAAGAGUGUAGAACCUUUCCAUUCCACAAAACUUAAUUAGAAAAAGUCUAACUAGAUAAUUUUGCUGACAAUGUGAAGCACAUUGCAAAACUGACCAUCAUGGGUGCGUAGUAAAUGGCUUUCGUACAUUGCAAUGGCGUCCUGGAUUAUUACCCCAUGUCAUUCAGGCCCACAUGCAAGUCUCUAUGAUAUUUUGAUCUCUAGAUUAAAGGCUUAGGUCCUUUCUUCAAUAUCUGAGGGAAUUUUUUCCCUGUUUGAUCACCUGCCAGGCAGAAAUCAUAAGUCAGAUCACUUAGAAAAGUAAUAGCACGUCUCUCCUCAACAAGCUGCGUGAUUUGUGGUAUCUCAUGUCUGAAGUACAAAUGCUGCGGAUGAGCCACAAAUGGAUGAGUCACGCACUGAAACAGCUCUUAAUUCUGAGCAAUAGUCAGUUAGGGUUGCCUAGGCAAACUCCGCUGAGAAAAGAUGUAAAACAAACCACUGAAUCGUGUGCCAUCAUGUGUCCUUUAGUGAGAAAUGGCCACCCUUAAAGUCUCAUGCUAUCAGAUCCUCUUAGGGAGAGCUUCGUCUGCCAAGAACACACAAUCUAUCAAUGUCACUGCAGGGAUGGUCUGACUGUGGGGGUUUCUGUGCAAUUUACUUAGUAACAUUUCACAUCCUCUUGAAGAACAAGCCAAAUAAUUCACAGAUUUCAAAUUAGGAGAACGUCUCUCCCCUGAUUUAUUGAUUUUUUUAGAAAUCCUUUAGUCAGAGGUAUAAUAAAAAGAACUAAAAAGGCCGUCUUGGUUGCUUAAUCAUGCCUCUUGGUUUAAAGCAUGAUGAGAUGUCUUCAUACCUCCCACAAAAUGACCGGUCUCCUUUUUGGACAAAUGAAAAAGAUUUUUCCCCUAGUUCUCUGAGGCCUUUCACACGUUGAUAUGCCCGACAUAAAUGCAUUUUUCUGUUACCCGUCCACUUCGCAGAAUGCACAAUGACCUUGGGUUUCUAAAGCAAAAAUAGGAUGAUGGUGAAAACGCAAAUGAUGCAAUUUGCUUCCCUAAGAGGCCUCUAUUAGCUGAACAUGUUCAAGGCUCUGUACCAUUAUGAUUGAACUGAAGUAGACAGACGGUGAAAGUGUAAAUACUGAUUUGCAUUUUGAGCUCAUGCGUGAAAAGGGUCAAGGACAGAUUGCCCACUUUUGCUCUUUCAAGCAACCGUCAUUUUAUUCAUGUAAGGACAUGUAUUUGUGUGAAAAUUAGGGUUUUCAAAGCGAAGUUGUUCUUUAUGUUUUUAUUAAAUGUGACGUUACAUUCUUUCUUUAUCUUUAUAAGGCUAGAAGUUCAACAGCAUCAGAAAACUCCAUUUGUUGAUGUUCAAUUUGUGUGCUUUUCUGUUUUCAUGCUAUUUUUUUUUUCCAUUUUUCCAUUACUGAAACAAAAAGCAAAAAAAAAUAAAAAAUUGCUGAAAUUUCAAACUAGAUUGCUUGAAGGUGAGUAGAGUUUUAUUUUCCUUUUUUUUUUAUCAGAACAGAUUUGGAGAUGUAGCAUGACAUUUUGUUCAGCAAUGGAUCCUCUGCAGUGAAUGAGUGCCGUCAGAAUGAGAGUCCAAACAGCUGAUUAAAAAUAUCACAAUAAUCCACAAGUAAUCCACACCACUCCAGUCCAUUAAUUAAUGUCUUGUGAAGUAAAAAGAUGCGUUUGUAAGAAAUAUUUUAACUAAAAUAUGAGUAUUAAAUAUAAGGAGAGAAAUUCUGCACUGUUUGCAAGCAAAAAAAAAAAAAAAAAAAAAAAAAAAAAGGAGUCCAAAACCAUUCUAAACAAGUAUGUCACCAAUUAUAAACAUGCAGCUUUUUGCUUCACAAGACAUUAAUUGAUGGACUGAAGAUGUGUGGAUUACUUGUAGAUU